GUCACAGUUUGAAAGAUGAGAUCUAACAUUGAAAAUGUCUAGAGUGAAACCUCGCGAGUAAAUUAAUGAGGAUAAAUGUAAGAGGUUUAACAUCCCCAAGUGCCAAUCGUGGAAAAUAACCACGUGCUCCUUUCUAAGAUUGUGUGAGGUGGACCAAAAAUUCCCAAAUCCUCCAUCUCCAUGCCCCUAUAUAUGCCCUUUUUAGUUCUUCCCUCUCUCACAUUUUCCCCCAAAAAAAAAAUAAAUCUCUCUCUCCUCUCUCUCUCUCUCUCUCUCUAGAAUUCCAAUUCCAUUUCUGACAAAGAAAAUCCUUUCUUUUCAUCAUAAAUAUGGCCAUGGCAAUUUCUUCAACCUCACACCACUCUCUAUUUGAACAAAAAAUGGUUCUCCAAGCUCUCUCCUCCUCCUCCUCAGCCAAAGUUGCUGUAGAAAUGGGCUUGGGCAUGGGCUUUUCUGCAAGGCCCAUUAACAUUGGGAAGAAGCCCAACCAGAAAAACGAGGGGAUUUCGUGCGCUCUAAAAUCCCCGUCUGUGUU